AUGUGGCUUCUUGGAUCACCUGCCCAAGUCAUGAUGAUGAUGGAUGAGCGCCUGUCUCCCUCUGCACGCUCGGUUCAGAGCCCCGGGAGCAACUCGUCCACGAUCCACAGCAUCGAGGCCAUACUGGGAUUUAAAGAGGACACCAUCUUCCACAAGUCGGCCUCGUACAGCAUGGCGGGAAAAGUUCUGGCCAAAGACGCAGAGCGCACCGGGAGCGUCACCGUGACACCGGGGAAGAAGAGUCUUUACGCAGAAAGUUUUGACACUGUGUGCGCCGCGGAAGCCUCGGUGUGCCCGGACUCACCGGACAGAGACGACGGGAAACUGUCCGACGACGAGAACCCGAAGAAGAAGCACCGUCGGAACCGGACCACGUUCACCACCUUCCAGCUCCACGAGCUGGAGAGAGCCUUCGAGAAGUCCCACUACCCGGACGUGUACAGCCGCGAGGAGCUGGCCAUGAAGGUCAACCUGCCGGAGGUCCGAGUGCAGGUGUGGUUCCAAAACCGACGGGCAAAGUGGCGUCGGCAGGAGAAGCUGGAGGUGAGCUCCAUCCAGCUCCAGGACACCUCCUCCUCUCUGCUCUGCCUGAGCCGCUCCCCCACUGGCUCCCUGGGCUCCGGCCUGCAGCUGGACCCCUGGCUCUCCAGCCCGAUCACCACCUCCACCUCCCUGCAGUCCCUCCCGGGCUUCAUCGGUGGCUCGCAGGGCCUUUCGGGCACUUACAACCCCUCUCCUCCUCCUUCUGUGCCCUCUUCCCUGUCGGCCUCCUUCCUGUCCUGCCCCGGCCUGGGACAUGGCCAGCACCUGCCCCACAUGGGCUCUAUGUGCCCCCCACCCCAGGCGUACCAGUGCUCUGCUGAUCCAAGGAACUCCAGUAUAGCCUCACUGAGGAUGAAGGCGAAGGAACACAUUCAGAGUAUUGGGAAGACGUGGUGA